CCUUUCCUGUUUCGCUUGGUCUCGUUAAUAUUCGCACACUCGUCGCUUCGCAACUCCUAAGACAGCCCUCUGCAACCAACUCCUUAGUCACCGCGCUUUAGUCAUCACCGGUUGCUUAGCCAUUACCAGUUUCCUGGUCACUAAGGGUUCCUAAGUCAUGGAGUCGGGGGAGGCUACUCCCACCGCGAAUGGCGCCGUGAUUGACGGGGAAGCGGGCGAGAAGAAGGGGGAUCACACCUUGUCUUGGGGCGAUCCGGUUCCUGGCCCGAGUCGCGGCGGCAAGAAGUUUUACCUCUGGUUCCAGUGGGGAGACGUGCGGUACGACCUCUACGACUGCGUGUACUGCCAGUCACUUGAGGGGGAGGAUCUGUACGUGGGGAAGAUUGAGCGCAUGUACGAGUUUCUCCCCAGCAAGCGCAGCAGGCGCAGCUUAAAGCCAGAGGAGCGCAUGAUGGUGGACGUGCGCUGGUUCUUCCGCCCUGCUGACGUGGAGGCGGAGGGCGGGGAGCUCCCAGGGGACACGUGGCCCAAUGAGGUGUUCCUGGCGGUUCCCGAGAGCACUUCGGGGGUCACUGACGCCAAUAAAGUGGGCACAAUUGAAUCCAAAAUCCGCAUCCUCUGCCUGUCAGCUGACCCGCGCAAUCCGCAGCCGAGCGCGGCUCAGGUGGAAGCAGCAGAGUUUGUGUUCCGCCGCGUGUGGGACAUGAAGGAGAAGCAGUUGCUGGACGACCUUCAGGUGGCCGUGGACAACCUGGGCUCAGAGGAGGCGGUAUUCAACAAGCCUGCAUGGGUGCAGCAGCCAACCGACGUGGCGACAAGAGGGGAGGAGGAGAGAGCGGGAAGGGAGGAAAGCAGAGACUUGACUAGGGGAAUUCUUGGGGAAGCGGAUGGGGAGGAGGGUGAGGCUUUGACAAAACACAAGGAUGUGAAAGGAGAAGAGACGGGGGGGGAGGUACGUGGGGAAGGAGAGAAAGCAGCAGAGGAGAACCAGGAGGAGGGGGGGGAGGAGGAGCAGGACGAGGAGGAAGAGGAGGAAGGGGAAGAUGAGGAGGGUAGUGAGGGGUAUGGCAGGAGCCAGAAGCAGUCAAGCAAGAGGCUGAAGGUGGAAGGAAAAGUGGAGGGGAAGGGAGGGAAGAAGAAGAAGGGUGCUGAGAAGUCAAAAGGGGACCCUUGGGACCUGGAGGAAGGGGAAGAGUCGGAGGAGGGGCAGGGGGGAGGGGUAGAGGAAGAAGAAAAGGGGGAAGGGGAGGAGAAGACGGAGGAGGAGGAGGAGGAGGAGGAGGAGGAGGGGAAGGAGGAGGAGGAAAGGAGAAAGCAUGGCCUUCCAUCAAAAGCAGGCCUGUCGCCGAGUGGAGCUCUGUCGCCAAUUGGAGCAGUGUCGCCGAGAGGAACAGUGUCGCCGAGGGGAGCCCUGUCGCCGAAAGAGCGUGUGUUAGGGUCAGGUGCGCAGCGGCUCUCACCCAAGAAGCGAUCGUCUCUUGCGGGGCUGGCAGGCAGGGGGGCGCUGAGAGAGGGCCUCCCGCAGGGGCUGCAGCCUGCAGCCGCUCCUGAUGGGCCCGGCUCCCGCGCCAAACUCCCCGUCCGUCCCUCACAGAAGAAACUCCCCCGGAUCUCACCUCCCCCCCCUCCGCCCCUGUCCCCUGGAGCAAGGGGAGGGGGAGGAGGAGGAGGAGGGGGUGGUGUAGGGGAAGGAGGGAAAGGGGGAGGGGGCGGGGGCGGGGGAGGGAAGAAGGUGGCUGGUGUGCUCUCAUUGGCCAAUGUUCCCGCCAAUAGGAGGAGUUUGUUUGAGAAGCUACAGGGGAAGAAGAAGGGGCCGGGAGUGGGUAGAGCUGGGAAGGGAGGAGAGAGGGUGGGGUGGCGAGAGAGGGGUGGGGAGAGAGAAGGGAAGCUGCCAGAAGGGCAAGGGGUUGUUGCACUGGGAAGGCAAAAGGAGGAGGUGGGGAAAGGAGGGGAGAAGAGGAAGGAGGAGGAGAGGAGAAAGGAGGAGGAGAGGAGGGAAGCGGAGAGAAGGAGAGCUGCUGCGGAUGCAACUGGUGCUGGUGCUGCUGAAGCCGAAGCAGGAGAGGCAGAAGCAGGGGUGGGAAGCGCAGCAUUGGGCAUGCUCCCUGAAGCGCCAACAGCAGCACCACCAGCAGCAGCAGCACCAGCAGCACCAGCAGCAGCAGCAGCAUCGGCACUGCAAGCAGAGGCAGAGGCAGUACCAGCUGUUGCGGCAAUAGGUGGAAAGGAGGCUCUUGCACUUGCAGCAUUGACAGAGUCCCUGGCAGAGCCAACAGCGGCACUGCCUGCAGCAGCAGCAACUGAAUUGGCAACGGAAGUGCCAACAACAGCAGCAAGCGCGUUUGCAGCAACAGAAUCAGCAGCAGAACCUGAUUUAGCAACAGCACCAGAAGCAGCACGGGAAGCAGCACCGGAAGCAGCACCAGAAGCAGCACCGGAAGCAGCAGCAGAAGCAGCAGCAGAAGCAGCACCUCAAUCAACAACCCAUAAACCACCCGAUCCUGCUGCUGCUGCUUCUGCCCCUCCUCCUGCUGCGCCUCCUCCUGCUGGUGCUGCUGCAGAAAUUGAAGCAGCAGAUGCGGCUGUUGCAACACGUGUCCAAUUAGCAGAAAAUCUCUCAAAACCUGGAGCUGCCACAUCAGAGCCUCUUGCUGCUGAUGUGGCACCAACUGGUGGGGUUGAUUCAGGAAAGGUUGGAACAAAGAUCGAAGAGACGAAGGCAAGGAAAGAGAGUGAAGAGACAAAGGCAAAGAACGAGGGUGAAGAGACAAAGGCAAAGAGCAAGGGUGCUGAGACGACGGAGAAGACAGAGGGUGAAGCGACGACGGAGAAGAAAGAGGGUGAAGCGAAGAAGGAGAGUGAAGCGACGAGAGAUGGGAAAGGCGGUGGCAAAGUGAAAGGCGACAAGGAGAGUGGCGGGGCCAGGGAAAUCAAACAGAGUGGUUUCUGUUGGCCCAUGCCUCUUGCUCCUGCUUCCGCUUCCGCUUCCGCUACUGCUGCUGCUGCUGCUGCUGCUGCUGCUGGCGCCACCGCUGCUAAUGCUUCCGCGUCCGCUUCUGCUGCUGCUGCUGCUGCUGGCGCCACCGCUGCCACUGCUUCUGUUUCUGCUGCUGCUGCUGCUGCUGUGGCUGGUGGCAGGGCGAAGCAGAUGGAGAGAAGAGAGACAACUGAAAGCAAGUCUGGGUUGACCUGGCAGCCUGCUGAGAGUCGGCUUCCCCGAUCCAUCCCCGAGUGGAGCGGCAUCAUCGAGGGAGCGUUGGAGGAGCAGCGGGUGGUCCGCAUCGACAACGUGCCGCCUUGCACCACGUCGCAGCACCUGCAUGAAGCAAUGGGCGAGCUCUUCUCAGACCUGGUGGCGGUGCGAGUGCAGCCAUCCACCACGCCUAUACCACCCAUCGCCAUCCACGCCUUUGCUGUCUUCCGCACGUCUGCUGCCGCCGCCGGCGCUGUGCUCUUCCUCUCGUCCCGAUGCAUCGUGCCGUCGCACUCCUCCCGCCCUCUGAUUGGUCGCCUGCAGCGCCCCCCUGCUGUCGCUCCCUCCAUAGUGGAUGCACCUUCAGCCGCGCUGGUGUCGCAUGGCACUGGCUUCAUCAGCAUUCGAGCCAAACGAGGAGGGCAGUACACCGACGAUAAGAAGCACGCCAUAACCACGUCGCACUGCGUGCAGCCCAACACAGUGGAGUACGAGCUGGGGGUGGAGUGGCGGGUGGCACAGCAGAGGGAGGUGCAGAUGGUGAAGGCGCUACUGAAAGCCCACCAGGCAGAGCUGAACAGUCUAAUGCAAGCCAAUCGGGGUAAGUGAGGGCUCUUUGUUAAGAGGAGUGGAGGAGGGCGGCGCAGCAGAGGGAGGUACAUAUGGUGAAGGCUCUACCAAGCAGAGCUCAUGGUGAGGGCUCUACAGAGCUCAACAGUCUUGCAGGCCAGUGGAGAUACGAGAAGGCCCUGGAAUCAAAUACGUCCCUCUCAGGGCGGGGUGGAGUGGAGGGAGUCGCAGCAGAGGGAGGUGCACAUGGGGAGGGCUCUACUCGAGGGCUACCAGGUGGAGCAGCUGAACAGUCUGCUGCAGGCCAGUCGGGAUAAGGGACGGCUCAUUGUACAAAGGAGAGGACGGUGGAGCAGCAAAGGGAGGUGCACCUGGUGAAGGCUCGUGUAUCUAAAAAACACAGAGCUCAACAGCGUUAUGCAGGCCAUUUGGGAUAAGUGAAGCCACUCUGAGACCGAUGGUGCUGCUGGCAUGAGGGGUGGAGUGGAGGGCGGUGCAGCAGAGGGAGGUGCACAUGGUGAAGGCUCUACUUGAAGAGACCAGGCAGAGCUCAACAGUCUGCUGCAGGCCAAUGGAGAUGCAUGAGGCCAUUGAAAACCCACCGGCAUCAGUAGGGGUGGAGUGGGGUGGAAGGUGGUGCAGCCAAGGGAAGAUUUUGCAGCCCAAGAGUUUUAAGUCCGCGUGAGAGAUUUUUUAUCAUUCUCAUAAAUUUCUCACAAGUGCAGCAGAGGUAGGACCUUGCAGUCCAAGAGCUUUUGAAAGUGCACCAGGCGGAGCACACAACCGUCUGCUGCAGGCCAAUUGAGUCGCAUGAAGGCGCUUUGAGAAACUACUGCUAUCAGCCAAGGGCGGAGGAGUGCAAGGUGGUGCAAUGGAGGGCGGAGUGCAAUGUGGUGCAGUGGAGGGCGGAGUAUGCAGCCGAAGCGCUUCUGAAAGCCCACCAGGUGGAGCACAACAUUCAGCCGCAGGCUAUUCGAGAUGCGCGAAGGUGCUUUGAGAAACUACCGGUAUCAGUAGGGGGGGAGUGGACUGGACGGUGGUGCUGCAGAGAAACAGUGUACAGUAUGGAUGUACACUACGCACCCUUGCAUAGCAACUCGGUGUUUUUCUGCCCAAGUAACUCUCAGGCUCAAAGCAGUGGAAGCUGUCCAUAGAACACACGGCAGGGCAACGGACAUGUGAUAUGCACUUGUAAUGAAGUCUACAAGCAUUGGGAAAGAUAUGC